AUGCUUUCUGUUGGAAAUACUAUCUUUUAUCGAUCAAAAAAAAAGUAAGCAUAUGCUGAUACAAAAAAAAGAACUUUAUUGACCAAGAGGAGAACAUAUGACCUUAUUGAAUAUCUAAAAUUAAUGGAAGGAUUUUAAUUAUACUAAAGAAUUCUCUUAUGA